CGUGCGUACUGGGAGCGUAGCGGGUGCGCGGACAUCCGUGUGGUGGCCGAAAACUGUUGGUGUGUUAUAAUCCAAGAACAAAUACGCAAGCGGACGGAAAUUAGGAGAGAAAAAAGUUGGAUAAAUGCAGAAGUGAUGCUAGAAUUGGUUUGAGUGAAGUCGGGAGAAGGGUAGAAAGUGGUGGAGACGUGUGGACGGGUAUUCUGAUGGGUUUGUACGAAGAUUCCGGGGCACCGCAGGAAAUGUACUGGCAGUACGGGUCCUCUGAGGGUGCCUACGACCCCGGCUGUGACCCAUCGCCCACCAUGCCUCAGCUCCACGACCACGCACACGCCCACGACCAGGCCAGCGCCCACGAGCAAGCACCGCUCACGCCUUCGUCCUCCUCCUCCUCGUCCAACUCGUCGGCCGGAUCCUCGUCUUCGGGUGGCCCAGCGUCCUUCGUCAGCCCCUGCAGCGACCGCGGCAACAACUACGUCUCGCCGGGAUCGGACGCGGGAUCCACGGGUAUCGGAUCCCCAGGGACGGGCUUAUCCUCCGGCGGCGGGAUCUCGAGCAUCUCCUCGAGCGGGGAAGGCAGCAACGAGACCUCCUUCUGCGCCGGCUGCUCGGAGAGGAUCGUCGACCGAUUCUACCUGCUGGCGGUGGAGCGGAAAUGGCACGCCGGCUGCCUGCGCUGCGUCGCCUGCCACACCUCCCUCGACGCCGCCGUCACCUGCUUCGCCCGCGACGGACACAUCUUCUGCCGGGAAGACUACCACAGGUUGUUCAGCAUGAGACGAUGCGCAAGAUGUUCCCAGGUCAUCAGUAGUUCCGAACUGGUGAUGAGGGCGAGAGAGUUUGUCUAUCACGUGCAGUGCUUCACGUGCGCCCACUGCAGCGUCCAGCUUACCAAGGGAGACCACUUUGGCAUGAACGGCCCCCUCAUUUACUGCCGUGAUCAUUACCAGAUGUCCACCUCUCUGGAGGGCGGCUACAUCACGCCCAUGGGGAUGCCUCCGGGGGCUCUGCCGGGCGGCCCUCUCCCCCACGGCCCCCACGGCCCCCACGGUGUGCACCCCCACCUCCCCCCUGAGGUGAUGCAGGGGUUCCCGCCCCCCGACCACGGCGGCAAGAUCCCCUUCUUCAACGGCGUGGGCGCGCACCACAAGGGCAGGCCCAGAAAGCGGAAGCCCAAGGACGAGCCUAUGGACACCAACAUGAACAUCCCGGGCGGCUAUGACCCCGAGGGCGUGUACGGGCCCAUGGGGACGCCCUGCCAAUCCGUGCGAACCAAGAGGAUCCGGACCUCCUUCAAGCACCACCAACUGCGGACCAUGAAGGCGUACUUCGCCCUCAACCACAACCCCGACGCCAAGGACCUCAAGCAACUGUCGCAGAAGACGGGACUGUCGAAGCGCGUCUUGCAGGUGUGGUUCCAGAACGCCCGAGCGAAAUGGCGGCGGAACAUGAUCUCGAAAGACCCGAAGGCGCUGGCUGGCGGCGGGGGCGGCGAGGGCGGCCUGGGCGAGGGUCCGGCGGGCGAGGGCUCCGUGGGCGACUACCCCGACACGCCCACCGUGCCGCCCUCGGCCAUGAGCCCCGACGAAGGCAACAGUUCCCAGGUGUCGUACCAGCAGAUGUUCUGACACCUAUCCCUGGGAGACCAUGAAGGCCACCUGCACAUCCCGCCCACUCACAUGCUGAUGCCGCCCACGCCCGCACUCAUGUCUCUCCAGCAAGCCUUCCCGCGGCCACACGCCCACGACGUCGCCUCGCCCGCGCUCGCCAGCGGGCAGCUGCCGAUCGCCAUGAUGAUGGGCAGGGACGCCGCGCCCUCCACCUGCCCCCUCCUGGGCGCGGACGAAGGCGGUUCCCCGCGGCCGCUUCCUGCCGGCGUGGUCAGCGAGGACGACGAGGACGACACCUACAGCCUCGACGAACACUCCUGCAGCCAGGAUGACCAAGGAGACGACAUGUUCUACGACCCUCCCCCUCCAGCAGGAGAUCCCAGUGCCGCCGUUCGCCAGGAGGACGACAAGGACGAGGGCGUGCGUGGGGGCGCGGCAGCCCGAGAUGACGAACGGACGAGCCACUUGUACCGAGAACUCUUCUAAGCGGCCGGAGCGCCACGCAGUGACACGGCGCAAUGUCCGCGCUCCCUCGGCCUCGCGGUCGAGUAACAGGGGCGCUGCAGCCACCGGCAGCGGCGACGCUAGUAGGAUAUAACCAGUGUUACGGGAAACUCUUUCAGUGACAGUGAUCGCUUCACUAGGGGCGUUGCCCUUAGUGACUCACAGUGAGCCCGUGGCCCUUAGUCGAAGGCGCGAGCCCUUGCCAAGAACCUUCUGUCCUGACGCAGUGGAAACGGACCAGCCUCAGGACCCGGGCAGUGACUCACCAUGCGUUAUGAAUCUUAAAAAGUUCUUUAUAUUGCCAGUCUAUUUAUUAUUACUAUAAAUAUGUGAGUGUUGCACUUACUUGUGGCGAUCUGUCGGCCCUCGAGGUUGCGGCUGAUCAGCGUAUAUUCCAGUGUUCCCAUAGAUAUAUAUAUAUAGUAUUUAACGCGACCUCAGUGUCCCCGACGCUGAAGUUGAACAUUCUUAAGGACGCCUCUUCGAAGAAGGGUCGCCGAAAACCUCAUCUGUAAACAAAAACAAAACAAAAAAAUAUAUCGUGAACCUGUAGGCGCAGCGCAUUUGCGAGGAGGACGGUCCAAGGCCUGCAAUCGCUAGCGCGUUAGCGAUGGAGCGCACGGCCGACCAGCGCUUGUCACGGCUCCGUCUCCACAAGCUCGCUGGUACUUUGUUCCCCUGUGUAUCUGCUCCUCUUGCAAAUCAAGUCGAUGUGGAUGUCAUCAUUUUCUUCAUCAUAUGUACAAUAAGCAAACUUCACCACUCAGCGCACAGAGCGAAUUCCGAUUUUUUUUUUUU